CCGGGGAGGCAGCGGCGGCGGCGGCGUGGCGGCGACAUCAUGGCCAUGGCCUCCGAGGAUGACUUCCAUCACAGUUCGAACUCCACCUACAGAACGGCAAGCAGCUCCCUCCGCACAGACCAGGAAGCACUGCUUGAGAAACUGCUUGACCGCCCCCCGCCCGGCCUGCAGAGGCCCGAGGACCGCUUCCACGGGGCCUACAUCAUCUUCUUCAGCUUGGGCAUCGGCGGCCUCCUGCCGUGGAACUUCUUCAUCACUGCCAAGGAGUACUGGGUAUUCAAGCUCCGCAACUGCUCCAGCCCAGCCUCGGGGGAGGAACCUGCGGGUUCGGACAUCCUGAACUACUUUGAGAGCUACCUGACCGUUGCCUCCACCGUCUCCAGCGUGCUAUGCCUCAUGGCGAACUUCCUGCUCGUCAACAGGGUUCCGAUUCGAGUCCGUGUGCUGGCCUCACUGACUGUCAUGCUGGCCAUCUUCUUGGUGAUGACUGCACUAGUGAAGGUGGACACCUCCUCCUGGACCUAUGGCUUCUUUGCUGUCACCAUCAUCUGCAUGGCGAUUCUCAGCGGGACCUCCACCAUCUUCAACAGCAGCGUCUUCGGCAUGACAGGUUCCUUCCCCAUGAGGAAUUCCCAGGCGCUGAUAUCAGGAGGAGCCAUGGGGGGCACCAUCAGUGCCGUGGCCCUGCUGGUGGACCUGGCGGCGUCCAACGACGUCACUGACAGCACCCUGGCCUUCUUCCUGACGGCAGACGUCUUCCUCGGGCUCUGCGUCGGGCUCUACCUGCUGCUGCCGCGGCUGGAGUAUGCCAGAUUCUACCUGAGACCUGUUUGGCCAGCCCCUGUGUUUUCUGGGGAAGAGCAGCCACCCCAGGACUCCCCCAGCACCCCCUUGGCAGCCCUCAGAUCCCGCGACUCCUCUAUACCACCCCUCCGCCCCAUCCUGAAGAAGACCGCCGGCCUGGGCUUCUGCGUUGUCUACCUCUUCUUCAUCACCAGCCUCGUCUUCCCCGCCGUCUCCACCAACAUCGAGUCCCUCGACAAGGGCUCGGGCUCGCCGUGGACCACCAGGUUCUUCAUCCCCCUCACCACCUUCCUCCUGUAUAACUUCGCCGACCUGUGUGGCCGGCAGGUCACAGCCUGGAUUCAGGUGCCGGGGCCCAGGAGCAAGGUGCUCCCCGGGCUGGUGCUCCUCCGGACCUGCCUCCUCCCCCUCUUCAUGUUCUGCAACUAUCAGCCCCGCGUCCACCUGCACACGGUGCUCUUCCGGUCCGACCUCUACCCGGUGCUCUUCACCUCCCUGCUCGGCCUCAGCAACGGCUACCUCAGCACGCUGGCGCUCAUGUACGGGCCGAAGAUCGUGCCCCGCGAGCUGGCCGAGGCCACGGGGGUGGUGAUGUCCUUCUAUUUGUGCUUGGGCUUGGUCCUGGGCUCGGCCUGCUCCACCCUGCUCGUGCACCUCAUCUAGAAGAGGCGUGAUGGCAGGAACCUCGGAGCCCUGCGACAGACACUUAGGAGCCCCAGUGGGUGGGGAGCGAGUGUCGGGAGGGCUGGGUCAGCGUGCAGAAGAGAGCGGCAGCUGGGCCCGGCGC